AUGGAUUUUUCUAUUAAUGUUACAUAUUUAUCUUUAGAAGGGCAUGUGCAGUUGGAGAAAUAUAGAUACUUUUACUUUCUAAUUUCUCUCAUAGUUUACAUAUUGAUAAUUUGUUGUAAUGCUGUUAUCAUUUCUGUCAUUUACAGGAACAAACCUCUCCAUGAGCCGAUGUACAUUUUUAUUGCUGCUUUACUUUGCAAUUCUCUCUUUGGAACAACUGCCUUUUAUCCUAAAUUACUGACUGAUUUUCUGUCUGAAACACAAAUAAUUUCUCAUGGAGCCUGUCUGUUUCAAGCCUUUUGCAUUUAUACAUAUGUGGCAACAGAGUUCACACUGUUAUCAGCUAUGGCGUAUGACAGAUAUGUGUCCAUAUGUAAACCACUACAGUAUGCAACUCUUAUAAAAAUGUCCACUGUUAAAAAGAUUUUAUUUUUCUGUUGGUUUGUGCCUUCCUGUGAAAUUGGUAUAUCGAUAAUACUAACAUACCAACAGUUGUGUAAAUUUAAAUUAAACAGAAUAUACUGUAAUAAUUACUCAGUUGCUAAAUUAAAUUGUGGAGAUAUAACUGCUAUGAGUACAUAUGGAUUGAUUGCUUUAGGUGUUAAUGUAUUCCUUCCAGUGAUCUUCAUAAUCUACUCAUAUGUUAGAAUACUUGAAGUCUGUUUAAAGAAUUCAAAAGAUUUCAGAAGAAAAGCUCUGCAGACCUGCUUACCACACCUUAUCAUUUUCACAAGUUUCUCUGUUACUGCUUGUUUUGAAGUGAUUAACACCAGAUUAGAAGGAAAUGUACCUCAUGUAUUUGCUAUGAUAAUGUCAGUUGAGAAUUUAGUCAUUCCUCCUCUAAUCAAUCCAAUUAUAUAUGGCCUGAAGCUACAGGAGAUAUUUAAUAGGAUUAAGAAAAUGAUUUGUAAGUGA